ACAACGGUUCAACAAACACCCAAUGUGGCGCUUGAGCUUGGAAGGUUAUGAGUUAAAGCUUUGGGGUGUGGCAUCAUAUUGUGACUUAUAAAAUAAAUUACAAUAUCGCAGGUUUGUAAUGACGGCCGAGUUUGUCUCUUGAACUCGACGAAUGCAAAGAACCGCCGUUGAGGGGCGCGUACGGUGUCUUUGUGAUCUCAACCACCGUCUAAAAUAUUGUUUCUGGAACGAGACAAAAUUUUUUAAAUGAAUUCACAACGGCGUAACAUUUUUCGCCCUUCACACCGAAUUAUAUUUGGCGUCUAAAUGAUAGAACAGAGAUCCCAAAAUAUUCUUGAUAUUCCUCGAUCGAUUUCCAUAUUGAUGCGUGUUUACGUGAAACGUUGACACAAGGUAGUUGGUCAUUGCUUGGUAGGAUAUACGGUCCAUGAAAUCACGUGUAUUAAAGUCUACGUGGGAUGUUGGGCGCUAUCACCCCCACGCAGUCCCACGAGUACACAGAAAUGUCUCGGUUAGCCGACUACUUUGUUGUGGUCGGCUACGACCACGAAAAAGAGAGAGGAGGUAUAAGUAAUGGAAUUAUUUUACAAAGGUUCCCAGAAAAGGAUUGGCUAGAUACACCCUUCAUUGAAGGAAUAGAAUGGUUUUGUCAACCACAAGGAUGGGCUUUGUCUACAGAAAGACAAGAACCACGGUUUUUUGUAUCUAUAUUAACCGAUAUUGAUGCAAAUCGUCAUUACUGUGCUUGCAUGUGUUUUAAUGAGACAGUAUCGAUUGUACCAAGUAAGCCUGUAGAUGAAGAGGAAGAUCCAGUAGAUGGUGAUAGUCGUUCAUUGGUUAGAACAAUACCUGCAAUUGCACAUCACAGCAUUAUGUAUGCACCUAAAUGUCUGGUGCUGGUUUCCAGACUUGAUUACAUCGAAACUUUUAGAAAUUGCCUUGGUAUAAUAUAUACUGUAUACGUAGAAAACCUUGGCAUACCACUAGAAACUUUGGUAGGAAACAUAUUAGGUUGUAUACAAGUACCACCUGCUGGUGGACCACAAGUAAGAUUCAGCAUUGGCGCGGGCGAUCGUCAAGCACUUCAACCUCCAAUUAGUCCUUCUCUUCCAAUCACUCAUACUAGUGUAAAUCUUUUGUUUCAACAGUUAGGUAUACGUAAUGUAUUAGUUUUGUUUUGCGCUGUUAUGACGGAGCACAAAAUACUUUUCCAUUCUGCAAGUUAUUCGCGAUUGACUGAAGGAUGUCGUGCACUUACCGCACUAAUGUAUCCAUUUAGAUACACACACGUUUACAUUCCUCUUUUACCAGCUGCUUUAGUUGAAGUACUCAGCACACCUACUCCAUUCAUCAUGGGUGUGCACAGUUCACUAAAAUAUGAAGUUGCAGAACUUAUGGAUGUAAUAGUUGCCGAUUUGGAUGGAGGUUCUAUCAUGGUUCCAGAUGGAGUUUCACUUCCAUUACUCCCAGAACCACUUCUUUCACAGACACAAGAUGCAUUAUCUUUAGUAUUACAGCCAGAAUUGAUUUGUGCAGAUUACGCGUUUCCACCGCUUGCAACAAGAGCUCCUCAUUCGCCUAUGUUAGACAAAGAAUUAAGAGCAGUUUUCAUGAGAACAUUUGCUCAAUUGUUGCAAGGCUACAGAAGUUGUCUAACAUUAAUCAGGAUUCAUCCCAAACCUGUUAUAACAUUUCACAAGGCUGCUUUCUUGGGAGAACGAGGCUUGACAGAUUGUGAUUUUACAACCAGAGUUUUGGAUUGUAUGUUUUUUACUUCCUUCAUUGCAGAAAGGGGACCACCUUGGAGGCCUUGUGAUGUAUGGGAUGAAUUGUACAGUAAUUUGAGUGACCAAUUAAAACAGGAAGCACAAGACCAUAGACUUAUUUUAACUCAUAUUCAAGAGUUAGCACAACACUUAUACACAAAUGAAAAUCCGAAUCCUCAGCCAUAUGUACAAAAAAUCUUGAAACCACCCGAAGGGGCAUUUGCUAGAAUACAUCAGCCACUUUUGCCGCGUAUCAAUCCAGAGCAAGUUCAAGCAAUUAUAGAUGAAGGUCUGGCCAAAAAUAAUCUCAAAGUUAGGUUAUCGUCAUUAAGGCCGUCACAGCCUCGCAUCGUACCUAUGGGUCCACAUAUUUCAUUUGUCCAUGACACUAGACACUUGGUCAGUAAUUCUGCACGUAGACUCGAGGUUCUACGCAACUGUAUAAAUUGUAUAUUUGAGAACAAAAUAUCGGAUGCUCGUAAAACAUUUCCUGCCGUGCUGAGAACAUUAAAGAGCAAAGCUGCCCGGCUAGCGCUUUGCAUGGAAUUGUCACAGCAUGUCGUUGGAAAUAAAGCGAUGUUGGAGCACCAGCAGUUCGAUCUUGUAGUUCGUUUAAUGAAUUGCGCAUUGCAAGAUGACUCGUCCAUGGAUGAACACGGGGUUGCUGCUGCACUUCUACCUCUCGCGACAGCAUUUUGCAGGAAACUUUGCACGGGAGUGAUUCAGUUCGCUUACACUUGCAUCCAGGAACAUCCUGUAUGGCAAAACCAACAAUUUUGGGAAGACGCGUUUUACUUGGACGUUCAGAAAGAUAUUAAACGAUUGUAUCUUCCCGGGGAGAAUUCUCCUCCGCGGCUUAUGAACGAUGGUAUCCUGAGUCCAAUCAGCCCGCGUGAAGGCAAAGAAUUCCCUUUCCGUGAUCGAUACUCAAUUUAUCAAAUCCAAGAACCGUCUGCUCUUGAAAUAGCCGCGGAACAAAUGAGGAUUUGGCUGAUGAUCGAUCCCGAGAAACAAAAGGAACUUAUUGCGAGCGAAGAAAGUACUAUGUACAGUCAAGCAAUUCAUUAUGCGAAUAGAAUGGUUUAUUUAUUAGUUCCGUUAGAUAUAGGAGCAAAGACUCAUCGGCAGGAUAACGUUUACGAUGACGAACGAGCAAGUAAUAGUAUCACGAAUAGCGUGGCUAGUGACAGCGGUGACGCGGAAUCCGGGUUUGAAGAAACUGAUCCUGGAGAAACUGGCAGCGCCGUGAUCCGCAUGGUUUCGCGAUUCGUAGAUCGUGUUUGUACGGAAGGAGGCGUAAGCUCCGAACACGUUAGAUGUCUACAUCAAAUGGUACCCGGCGUUGUUCACAUGCAUAUUGAAACCCUUGAAGCUGUACAUAGAGAAAGUAAGAGAUUACCGCCCAUACAGAAGCCUAAAAUUUUGACACCCAAUAUGUUGCCCGGCGAAGAAGUUAUCAUGGACGGAUUACGCGUUUAUCUUCUACCAGAUGGGAGAGAAGAAAGUCCUGCCGGAUUGCCAAAGAUACCACCACUCUUGCCAGCAGAAGGAGCAAUAUUCCUCACGAAUUACAGAAUUGUAUUCAAAGGAAUACCCUGCGAUCCAUUUGCCUGUGAACAAUUAGUAGUUCGAGCCUUUCCUGUAACAUCCUUGACCAAGGAAAAGCGAGUUGCUGUGCAACACUUGGCACAUUUAGAUCAGUGUUUGCAAGAAGGCCUUCAAUUACGGUCUUGCACGUUUCAAUUAAUAAAAUUAGCCUUUGACGAAGAAGUUACACCGGAAAAUAUUGAAACAUUAAGGAAAUUGGUUCAUAAAGCUCGAUAUCCUCCACAUAUUUUUCAUCAUUUCGCUUUUAAUGGCCAAGUAUUAGUCACACAGACGGCACACCAUAAAGGAAAAGAAAAGAAUGCUACUCUUAAAGGAUUUGCUAAAAAAACACUUCUAAAAACUGCCCGUAAGGCUGGUUUUAAACCAAAGCAGUCGUCUAAAAGACAAAAGUAUGUCUUGCCAAAUAUGAAUAUAAUUACUAAUAACAAAUUUAUGACGUCACCUGGUCGAAUGAGUUUACCAGUAACAGAUAACAACGACUUAAGUCACGAUGACGAUCUUAGUGUAGAUGACUUCGAAAUUCCGAGUAUUGUAACUCAACCACAACCACCAACUGACGCAAAAACCUUAGAACGAUUAUCUGAACGUAGUUACGUCAGGGAUUGGUAUCGUCUGGGAUUAUAUUCAAACAGCCCACAUAGCAAUCGUAGGAACGAACCGUUUCGAUUAUCUUCCGUGAAUUGCGCCUAUAUGAUUUGUAGGAGCUAUCCUGCACUCCUUAUAGUUCCCUCAACAGUAUCGGAUGAAAGUAUCCGUAGAUUUUGUCGACUUUACAGACACAAUAGAAUUCCAGUUGUCACUUGGAGGCAUCCAAAAACAAAGGCACUUCUUAUCAGGGGCGCGGGAUAUCAUGGAAAGGGUGUUAUAGGCAUGUUAAAAGCUCAUCCAGCAUCUGCUGGUAACUUGAAAGCGACAUCUUCCGAAACAACAUCAUCUCUGGAACAAGAAAAAUAUAUAAUGGCUCUUGUAGCUGCGACUCCAUUAUCUGCUUUGAGACAAGGUUCUGCUUGGGGAAUGUCAGACAGUUCGCUCAGUAUUGAUUCUUUGUUACUAGUUGCUGAAGAUCGUAAUGCUACUCCCGAACAAUCACGACGAAAUCCGUUUAAUAAGGCUAUUGGAACAUUAAGUUCAUCGGGCGGUAAGGGUCCUAAAAAUUUUGGACGUUGGGGUUCGUUGAAAGAUAAGCGGCAUAAUUCUCAAGCCUCUUUAACGUCAGUUCAUCAGCGUGGAACUGUGAGACAUUCUGCUGAUUCAGAUAGUGGUACAGAGUGUGUUCAUACAUUCCAGCGAGCGGCAUUAUAUAUUCUUGGUGAAAAAGCGCACAUGAAAGGUGUUAAAGCGGAGUCAGCGCCAAAAACAGACUUCAUUCCAGUGGAAUAUUACGAUGUAAGACAUACUAAAGCCGCAUUUAAAAAAUUAAUGCGAGCCUGUGUUCCUAGCACCCUAAACAUAGAGCCUGACCAAAGUUUUUACAAAUUAAUUGAAAGUUCAGAGUGGUUACAUCAACUUCAAAAUUUAAUGCAGUUAGCUGGAGCUGUUAUUGAUUUAAUGGACGUACAAGGCUCGUCGGUCACCGUUUGUUUAGAGGAAGGUUGGGAUACCACAGCAACAGUUUGUUCUGUUGCUCAAGUAUGUCUCGAUCCACAUUAUAGGACUAUCGAUGGAUUCCGAACAUUGAUCGAGAAAGAGUGGCUCGGUUUCGGUCAUAGAUUCGGACGUAGAAGCAAUCUCGCUGCGAAUUCUCAGACUUCAAACUUUACUCCUACGUUUCUUCAAUUCCUCGAUAUAGUGCAUCAAAUUCAAAAGCAGUUCCCGUUAGCAUUUGAAUUUAACGAAUAUUAUUUAAAAUUUUUGUCGUACCACUCGGUUUCUUGUCGUUUCCGUACAUUUUUGUUGGACUGUGAAUUUGACAGAGUGGAAUGUGGUAUCACUGCCGUAGAAGACAAAAGGGGAUCGUUGACAAGUCAUCAUAAAGGUGUGGAUACCGGAAGUGAUGAUGAAACUAUUUACCCUGGCGGCAGAUUGGCUGGGACAAAUACGGGCUGUAAUCUCGGUCAAAGUAUAUUCGAUUAUAUUGAGAAACAGCAUGCAAGAUGUCCGUUAUUUUAUAAUUUUAUGUAUACCCCUAAUACUGAACACACAGUGUUAAGACCUGUUUCACAUUUACCAAGUCUUGAUAUUUGGCAGUAUUAUUUAGAAGAAGAAUUGGCUCAUGGGCCUGCAUAUGACUUAGAAGUGUUGCAACAAGAUUCACAGCAAGAAGAAGAAGCAGAAGCUGCCGAUGGUGUGGUUAAAAGUAAUCGAAAAGUGGUUACGCAAGGGUAUGAUGGCGUGAGUACAAUGGUACCCGAUCAAUUUUCUCAUCUUUUAGAAGAAAUUCAUAAAUUAGAAACAGAAUUGGGUCAUUUGCCACAAAAAUGGAAAGUUCUUUGGGAUAAACUUGAACUGCCAAACACAGAUUCUCUUGCUCGACACGCAUCAUUUAGCACUGCAUUGGUCAGAUACCAUGGUCGAUUAAUUCAUAAACGUUCUACAUUAGAAUUACUUCUACGAGGUAAACUUGCUGGUGGAAGUACUUCUGGAAAUGAUGAUUCCGUUUAUGCACAUCCUCAUAGAUUUGAAAGAUUAGACUCGGCCACACCAACUCAUUGUGAUGCUUGUUCUGGUGUCUUAUGGGGUCCUGUGAAAGCCGGUUUGCGAUGCGUCGAUUGCGGUCAUGUGUGUCAUGACAAGUGUGCUGAUGCAGUACCAAAAAAUUGCACAAAAUAUAAAGCAGUGACUGAUAAUUUACAAACACACACACUCACAAGAAGCGGUGGUGACAAUGGGAGCGUAAAUUCAAGUGUAGCGACGAUACAAACCUCUUCGCAACAAUAUUAUGAGCAAUUCUCUAGUAAUGUUGCGGAAAAUAGAACACACGAGGGGUAUUUAUAUAAGCGAGGUGCUUUGCUUAAGGGUUGGAAACAGAGAUGGUUCGUAUUAGAUUCUAUAAAACAUCAAUUAAGGUAUUACGAUGCCAUGGAAGAUUCUCAUUGCAAAGGAUACAUAGAUCUAGCUGAAGUUGUGUCCGUGACUCCAGCUGCGCCAAUGCCAGGACCACCAAAGAAAACAGAUGAUAAAUCAUUCUUUGAUCUGCGUACAAACAGGCGGACAUAUAAUUUUUGUGCUGGCGAUGCUGCAACUGCGCAAGAAUGGAUCGAAAAAGUUCAAGCGUGCUUACAGUAG